AUGCCUAAAAAAAAGGAAUCUAUGCCGGCGCAGAGCCAAAUGCCGGCAGGCAUGCCUGACAUUACAGAUGAAGAACAAAGUUUGAAUGAUGAUGAUGAAACUAAUGACGAUGAUCAUCAAGACUAUGUUCAAGAACUUGUAAACAAAUAUGCCGGCGCAGAGCCUAAUACCGGAGAGGUCAAUGCCAGCGCUCCCAAAAAACGAACUGCAUCAGAGAAGCAGCGAGCACAUUUAGAAAAAUCCCGAGAAAAGGCUCUUCAGGUUAGACGAGAACUCGCCGCCAAGAGAAAAGAAGAGAGAGAACUAGAAAAGAAGAGAAAAGAGGAGGAGAGGAUUCUUGCUAAGGCCGAGGCUCUUAGGGUGGAACAGGAAAAACAUGUCGAGGCUAGGCUCCGCGCUGAGGAGGACUUACAAAAUACUUCAUAUAGUCACAAGACUAAAAAAAGAAUUAAAACGCCGAUACCAAAAAAAAGAUGGAAGAUUGUAGUUGAGGAAUCGUCAGACGAAGAAGAAGAUGAUUCUUCAGAUGAUUAUGAGGAAGUUGUCAAAGUCAUCAAGAAAAAGAGAAAUCGCCCCGUUCACCACACUCGCGCAGAUGUAGUCCGUUUUAAAAAUGGACAUGAGUAUCCCGGCGCAGAGCCAUAUGCCGGCAGGCAUGUCGGGCACGGAGUGGCCAAUCCCGGCAGGGAUCCCGGCGCAGAGCCAUAUGCCGGCAGGCAUGCCGGGCACGGAGUGGCCUAUCCCGGCAGGGAUCCCGGCGCAGAGCCAUAUGCCGGAAGGCAUAUCAUGCGUACCAAACCACCAUCGAUCUUUGAUGACAUUGUAUAG